AUGAAAUGGAGGCAGCUGAGUUCAGCAGAUUUGGUGAAAUGCAGGUACCUGAGUUCUCUAAAGGCUGCUCCAAUGGCACUUGAGAAAGAUCUCCCGCCGGCGACCUCCACCACCUUCCGGGACAAGCUACAGAACCACCGCCGUCGGCGACUGAGAGGACCGUCUGUGAAUGGAAUCCCGGCCACUGCCAUGAAAUCCGGCGUCGGCCAUCCUCCAAUGAUACACUGUACACACACAUACACAUUCUUCGGCGCCUCCCGAUCUUCCCCUCCGCCGACGCCGACACCUCCAUCAUCUCCCACUUCUUCCUCUCACGGAUCGACUAUUCACCGACGUCGACGUCGCCCUAGUCCAUGUCUGCUGCAACGACACCGGCGCCGGGGAGAUCGAUUUACCUUCAGAUAUUCACGACCCCGUCGAGCCGCCGAGAUCUCUCUCUUCCCCCCUCGCCAGACACAUAUUGACGACCCCGUCGCGCCUCAUCGGACAGAAUCCGACGAUGCUCAGCCCUUUAUCGGCUCCUAA